AUGAGCAGCCCUAGCGAUUUUAGAAUCGAAAGAAAUGUCGAAUUAUCAGAGGAGACGAAGGCUAUAGCUGAACGUGAACUCCGGGAGACUCCUGAACGUGUUCGGGAAGCUCUGGAAAGACUUAGAGAACUGUUGAAAGAGAACAAAGACAUUUACUUCGGCGAUGAAGACGAGAUAUUGACGAUAUUCCUCCGACCCUGCAAAUGGUACCCCGAAAGCGCUCUGGCGUUGAUGCGUCGGGCUGCAGAUUUUAAGCGCGACAACGCGAGUUUGUUGGAUGGUUUACUGCCAGAACACGAGAAGGAAGCUUUCCUGGAGCACAAAGUAGUAAAUGUAAUGAAGGGUCGUGAUGAUAAAGGAAGAAGAGUUCUCAUUGUCAACGUCGGAGGUAGCUGGAACACCAAAAAGGUGACGGCAGACCAGCUGUUCAGAUUAUUCUAUUUAAUCCACGAAGCUGCUAUGUUGGAACCAGAGUCUCAAGUCCGAGGAACCGUCGUCAUUAUGGACUUCUACAAAAUGGGCAUGAGUCAGACGAUGGGUCUAACUCCCGCGUUUUCUAAACGUCUGCUCACUUUCAUCCAAGACGCGUUACCUCUUAGAUUGAAGGAGGUGCAUUUCGUCAAGGAGCCCAUGAUCUUCAACAUGGUUUGGAAGCUGUUCAAGCCUUUGAUCAGGGAAAAGUUGAAGGGCAGGAUCUUCUUCCACGGCAGCAACAUGUCAUCUCUUCACAAGCAUUUGGCUCCUAGUCAUUUGCCCGCGGACUACGACGGUGCUUUGGGUCCCAUCGAUUAUUCUGGAGCCGACUGGUACCCCGUUGUCAACGAGGUGCUCCCACACAUACAGAACUGGAAUACAUACGGUUAUGUGAAGAAGGAAUAA